AUGCCCGUGACACACCAAACGUCACGAGCCACUGGAUUCGAGUACCACCAACAGCUCGCCGCCGCACAGUUUCAUCCAGGGGCGUGCGUCGCAUGGCAAGCUGCAAUCCAGUCUACACCGCGGCCAGCCGGCAAGCAAGGCCGCCAUCAGAGACGCAAACCAAGGACAAGCAAGCGCGAGCCCCGAGACCAGCAAAUGCGAAGCGCGAACCUACUCCCUACCAUCAGCGGUGUGAAAGCACGGAACCUACCACCUAUACCUACCACCUUACCCCCCUGCCCUUCAAAGUCCAUACCAGCCAUCAACAACAAUAACAACACCAAGCCCCCGAGUCAACGAGGUCCGCACUACCCCACGAAGCGAAGUCAUGACACCAGCCGGGCUCACGCGCACGACGAAGUCGUUGCGGCUCUCACCGCCGCGCCGGUUAUGUGA